UUCGGCAGUAAGAAACAUUCAGGCUGGCCUGCCUACAACCCUUGCUGGAUUUAUCCAGGCUGGGUUAUGGGAGGAGCUAAUAAAUCAAUUGAAAGAUUCGGACAAAGUCACAUCGGUGUGCUCCUCCGGCAGGCAAGGCUGCAUUGGCUGCGUAAUGUAGACCGCAUGCCCAGCCACCGCAUGCCGAAACAGCUUUUUGCUCAGCCAUAUAAAAGGGCGGCGAUCAAAGGGCGCCGGCCACGUCGCCGUGGUCGCGCGCCUCCGCUCCUGCCGGGCGCGCGUCGUGCCCUCGUCCACGUGCGACUUCUCGGCCGCGCGCCGGCUCAUGUGCGGCGAGGUGGGCUACGAGGCGCCCGUCGUCUACGCCAACAUCCUCCUGGGCACCGCGCUGCCGAUGGGCCCCGUCGCGGCCUCCUACGCGCUCAUCCUCCGCGAGUGCCGCGGGCAGCGGCUCCCCGGCGGGCGCCGGAGGGCCCUGAGCACGUGCGUCACGCACCUGCUCCUCGUGCUCGUCUACUUCACGUCGAUCUUCUUCACGUUCGCCACGGGCCUCAGGCUGGGCGCGGCCACGUCCCGCGAGGGGGUGACCGCCCUCCAGACAGUCCAGUUCAUCCUGCCGCCCGCGCUGAACCCAGUCAUCUACGGACUCAGGACGGCGGAGGUCAGGCGUGGGCUGGCGAGGUUGUUGCCAAGUAAAAUAUGGCCCAGCAGUUAGGGGCGGGGGUGGAGGCAGUGGUGGCGGUGGUCGGUUGUUGUUUUAUUGUUGUUGUUGUGCAGACUUCCGCCCUCCCCAUCAACGUAAAAAAGAUUAAAUGAAACAUCGCUUCCUGUUGGUAGGCUCGAUGUGAAUCACACCGAAGGUUGAGAGGGUUCGUCCGAGCUGGCCACUGACCUUCAGUGUGGCCUGUGUAGAGCACCCAUUGGAAAUCUGCUUGUGAGUGAUUUGAGAGUCGGUGAAUUUCAGAGAAACGAUGACUAUAAUAAUAGUGUUUAGAACAGUGGUUCUUAACCUGGGGUCGUGUAGUGUAUAGUAUUGUCUCGUGUAGUAUAUAGCAUAGUGUGUAUU